AUGUACAUUCCAAAGCAGUACGAGGUCACUGACCUGGCAAAGCAAAUCGAAGUGAUCCAGAAAAAUCCUUUGGGAAUUCUCUUUACCGCAAGAAAAUCUAAUAGCGGACUCUUAAGCUAUGUGUUAGGAGGAUCCUCUGAUGCUGUUGACUCUGAACUCUGUGCCACCCACUUACCAUUCCUCUUUGUUGAGGGGAAAGGUGGUCAAAAGCACAAGCUUAUCGCACAUAUGGCAGCAAAGAAUGGUCAGAUCGCUCAUUUGGAGGAAAGCGGGAGGGUUCUUAUUGUUUUCCAAGGACCUCAUUCAUACAUGUCACCUAGCUGGUGCCCAACGAAAAAGAAGACCCAUAAAGUGGUUCCUGGCUGGUAUUAUGCCACACUUCACGUCUAUGGAACUCCCAAGAUAAUCAGAGAUAAGAAGUGGCUGCUUGACCAGGUUAGUCAAUUGAGCGAUCAAGAAGAAGGCAAAAGACCAGAAGGUGCGGAAUUUGAAGAAAAGUGGAAGGUGACAGAUGCCCCGGAGCGAGUGAUCGAUGCGAAGCUCAACGGAGUCGUUGGUGUGGAAAUUGAAAUCUCAGAUAUGCAAUGUAAAUUCAGGUUUGGCCAGGAGAUGUCUAAAGAGGACAUCGAAGGUGUAAUUCAUGGUUUCGAGCAUGAACUAGGAGGAGAACAUGGCGCAGACCUGGCUAACAUCGCUAGAGAAUGUUAUAGUUCGCGCUAA